AACAGUUUCUUUCUGAUCUACGACUGAUUCGGAUCAUCCUCGCAUCUCCGAUCGCGGCCAACUUCGAGGGCUUUCGGUAGUCGGUUUAUGAACGACGCGGACAUUGGAAAGUAAGAAAACACCCGUUCUUUGUUCGCAUAAACGGUACUGGACAGAUUUUCGCCUAAAAUUUACGGACGUCGAAAAGUGUGCGGAAAUGGCGCAUAAAAUUUGAUAAAGUGUUACGCACCGUGUUACCGUGAGAGUGAUCUGAAAACAAGAUUUGUCGGUGACUAACAUAGUGCUCCUGCCUCCGGUUGACACUUUUACGUGUGCUAUUGAACCGAAUAACAAUCAAACUAAUUUCGAGGGAUUAACACCAAUCAUGGUUUCAUAAAAUCGCCAAGCAAAUUGUUAUCUGCUAAUAAAUAGAUACUGCAACCGUCCCUUUGGCUUCAGUCGGCAGGCAGAUGAGUGCUCCGUGGACCGAAAACUAAAAAGUUCGAAACUACGCUGCGCACACAGCAUCUCUCCCGGAACCGAGAGAGAACGGGCUGUUUUAUCGUUUGGCUGACGUUCCGCAGAACAACCAAAUGCCGUGUGAUUGCGUCCAAAUUCUCACAAUAAUCGCGAACAGUUCAACUGAAUCUUGUGACCAGGAAAUGAAUCUUCGAGUGGAACGGUGCUCAAAGUGACGAGCACGAGAUAAUAUCACUCCCGCUUUAAGUAUCAAUCUGAUCACCGCUUGAAUUGCGCGAAAAGAAAGUGUUUGUAGUGUUAUAAUAGUGGAUGCACUUGCGCGGCAAGGGGCACGUUUUAUAUGAAGAAAUUAUUCACACGGUGUCAGCUAAAGCAGUAUGCGCGGGAGCAUAGUUGGAAUAGAGGAUGGCCUCAUCAAUGCAAAACACGACAGCUGGCACGGGAUCCUGCUGGAGCUGAUAGAUAACCUAUACGCAUCCUUCAUAGUGGGGCCCCUGGUGGUGGCCUAUUGGCGAGGUACCUGGAAUCUGAUGGCAGAUUAUAUCUACCCGUCGGAUUAUCCCACUAGUCUUAUGAUAUCGCUCGUUCUCGGCUUAGUAGGCCACUUUAUGGCGCACAUCUUCCAAAACUCACUGCGACGGUACCUAAAUGCCGACCGGCAUCGAUUACUGUUUUACUUCGGCUCUCGACUGUACACGGAAAUCUACGGCACUAUCUGCGUUAACUCCUGGCGCGGUGGGUGGGAGAUGAUUAAUCUGUACACAACGCACGACGUUUUGUACGUGGUGCUGAUAACGCUCGGAUGUGUUCUCCUGCUGGCUUUGUUGAAAGGUCUACGCAACGUAACCGGAUCACCCUUCGUAGUCGUCAACGAUAGCCGCCGGGAAUAUUUCGAUGUUCCGACUUAUUUCAAAAUUUCGGGUUCCAAGGAGCCAGCUCUGUACGUACUGGACUGCCUGUUUUCGGUGCUGGUCAUCGGAUCGCUGGUGGUGUUUGUAUGGCGAGGGCUCUGGGUCCUUUUGGAUCUGAAAUUGUUUCCGGAAGAUCGUGGACUAUCGGCCUGGUCAUCGGUGUUUAUAGGUUACGGAGUAACUGGAGUCACAUUUUCCCUUCAACCCCUAAUGCGAUGGGCGUGCGAUCGAUUGGAUGGGAUCUGGCGCGUCGUCGUUGCCGAUUUAUUUUUGUUCUUCAGUUUCAUCGGAACAAUCAAUGUAUGGCGAGGAGUUUGGGCAUUACUGGAUCAUUACUUCCUACCAGAUAACCGACUUAUGAGCGAUUGGAUCACCCACAGUGUAUCGCUUUUACUACUCAUUCUGCUGAACUGUUCCAACUCAGUGUUGGUUCGUGGAGUUUACAUCGACGCUGAAGAACCAGCUGGUCAAUGCGUUGUCUUUCCGGUGUAUUACGUUCGGCUUUUCUUCCAGAAGGAACGUAACAAGAAACAAAGAAGACUGCUGGAAGCGCUAGGCAGAGUUGAGUAUAACAACGUGACAAGUGUUCUGUUGGACAAGAAACCACUGAAAGCCGAACAAAAUCACCAAAUAAACCGAAAUCGGGAAGCCGUGCCAUUAACGAUAGUCGAUAAUCCUAAGACCAACGGUGAACAUAAUACACACGAAAACCUACCAUGAUUAUGUUUCUAUUUGGCUAAAAACAGAACAAAAACAAAAACUUUUCGCCUAGAAUGAACACGCAGCGGUAUGCGUUUCUGAAUGCAUACCGACACUAAUUGUACGUAUAGCUAAUUACAGGCCACUGGCUGGCCAAGGAUCUGAAGUCCGCUACGAAUUUCUACGAUCGGCUACUUGUGAGAAUAAGUCUAAAAUGUUUUUACUACAACAUACCAACAGUAGGGUUAGAUGUAUUAUAACUACACAUAAGUAUUAUUAACAAAUUGGUAAGAUCUUUCUACAGAAAUGCAUCUCUAAAAACUGUAUAUAAAUUAAGACGGUAGAACAUUCCAAUAAUUUAUGAAUACGUUUUCGUAUGUUUUAAAAUAAACGAACGAUGGUGACCUUUCGCUUA